AUGAUGGAGGGGCUGCGCUGUUCCCUGCGCCGGGUGGCCGGGGCACCCGGGCGGUGGCGGCCAGUUCCGCGCGGUGAGUGCGCUGGGGCUUGGCCGCGCCGCCCGCUUUCUCGUGGAGCCGGGUGCAGCGUGUCGCCGCCGCUCUCUGCUGCCGCGCGCCCCGGGAGGCUCCCGAUGGCCAGCCCGCCCCCCGCCGCCGCGGCCCUAGCCCCUCAGGACUGCAAUAAUGGAUGCUCCGCAGAAGGUACUGGAGAAGGCGGAUCCAACGAGGCGGUGGAGACUUUCAAGGCUGAAGAUCUAAUAAUCACACGAGCCACCGUUUUAAAGGAAAAACCAGACCCCAGUACUCUGGUUUUUGGAACGGUUUUUACGGAUCAUAUGCUAACAGUGGAGUGGUCCUUGGAGCUUGGAUGGGAGAAACCAUGCAUCAAACCUCUUCAAAACCUCUCAUUGCAUCCGGGUUCAUCAGCUUUCCACUAUGCUGUGGAAUUAUUUGAAGGAUUGAAGGCAUUUCGGGGAGUAGAUAAUAAAAUCCGUCUGUUUCGGCCAAACCUCAACAUGGAUAGGAUGUACCGAUCUGCUAUGAGGGCCACUCUGCCGGCGUUUGACAAGAAAGAGCUUUUAGAGUGUAUUCGGCAGCUUGUGAAACUGGAUGAGGAGUGGGUCCCCUACUCAACAUCUGCGAGUCUGUAUAUUCGUCCUACGUUCAUUGGAACUGAGCCUUCUCUGGGAGUCAAGAAGCCGACUAAAGCCCUGCUCUUUGUAAUCUUGAGCCCAGUGGGACCUUAUUUUUCCAGUGGAAGCUUUAAUCCUGUGUCCCUGUGGGCCAACCCGAAGUAUGUAAGAGCCUGGAAAGGUGGGACCGGAGACUGCAAGAUGGGAGGGAAUUAUGGCUCAUCUCUUUUUGCCCAAUGCGAAGCAGUGGAAAAUGCAUGUCAGCAGGUUCUGUGGCUCUAUGGAGAAGAUAAUCAAAUAACUGAAGUUGGAACUAUGAAUCUUUUUCUUUAUUGGAUAAAUGAAGAUGGAGAAGAAGAACUGGCAACUCCUCCGCUAGAUGGCAUCAUUCUUCCAGGAGUGACAAGGCAGAGCAUCCUCGACUUGGCACACAUGUGGGGUGAAUUUAAGGUAUCCGAGAGAUACCUCACCAUGGAUGACUUGACCACAGCUGUGGAGGAGAACCGCGUGAGGGAGAUGUUUGGUUCAGGUACCGCCUGUGUUGUUUGCCCUGUUUCGACUAUACUGUACAAGGGUGAGACUAUACACAUUCCAACUAUGGAGAAUGGUCCUAAGCUUGCAAGCCGCAUUUUAGAAAAACUGACUGAUAUUCAGUACGGAAGAGAAGAGAGCGACUGGACAAUCACAGUAGCCUGA